AUGCAUUUUCUUGGUUGUUUUAACUUAAUUGAAGAGUAUCGUAAUAAGUUAAUAACUUAUCAGUAUGGCUUUGUAAGAGAUAUUAUUGUAUACCAUUUAACCAAAAGCUUAGAAGGUAUCAAAUGUUUACGUGAGGAUUUGGAAAGUAUGAAAUCUCUAACUGAAGCGCCAGAAUGUAUGAAUGCAACUCUUUAUAAAGGAUUUCAACAGUUUAAUUGUAAAAAAUGUGAAUAUUGA